AUGAGUUUUCAAAAGCUAGUUGUGAAGGAAACUUCUUCAAUUCCAGUAAUAGACUUCAAAGAGCUAACAAUGGAUGACAAGAAGGUUUUUGAACAUGACAAGUUGCAAUCUGCUUGCAAAGAUUGGGGAGUUUUUCAGUUGACAAAUCAUGGAGUGUGUUCUUCAUUGAUCAAGAAACUAGAUAAGGCAAUUGAAAAUUUUUAUGGACUUCCCUUAGAGGAGAAAAUGAAGUUUGCGCCACAAUUGGGAAAUAGCCAAGGUUAUGGCCAAGCAAUUGUUGGAGAGGGGGUAAAUUCAGACCAUGUAGAGAGAUUUUACAUGAAUUCAUAUCCCAUAAAUACAAGACAACCACAUCUUCUUCCAAAGCUCCCACCUUCACUAAGAGAAAGUCUUGAGGCUUAUCUUGAAGAAUUGGAGAAACUUGCUAUAUCCCUUCUAGGUUGUCUAGCAAAAACUUUAAAAAUUGAUAGGGAGGUAAUGCUAAAAAUGUAUGAGAAGGGAAUGCAAUCAGUGAGGAUGAACUAUUAUCCACCAUACUCUAAACCUGAGUUGGUAACUGGGCUGGGGACUCACUCAGAUGGCAGUGCAAUUACCAUAGUUCAUCAAGUUGAUGGAGUUGAUGGAUUGCAAGUCAAACAGGAUGGUGUUUGGAUCCCAGUAGAGUUCAUUCCUAAUGCAUUUGUUGUGAACAUUGGAGAUAUUCUUGAGAUUUGGAGCAAUGGUGUUUACAAAAGCCCAGAACACAAAGUAACAGUGAAUGAACAUACAAGGAGGAUUUCCAUUGGAGUGUUUUUCAUGCCAAAACAAGAAGCAGAAAUAGGACCAGCUCAUUCCUUAAUAAACUCUACAAAUCCUGCACUAUUCACAAGUGUCACAAUGGACAAGUACCUCAAAGAGUUUUUCUCAAGGAAAUUAGCAGUCAAAACUUAUUUGGACCACAUGAAGAUUAACAAAUUCUAG